AUGCGGAAACUCCAGUUGAAUCUUCCAAACUUCCGUCGACUUUGCAUUCUCAAGGGUAUUUACCCUGUGGAACCCAGCAACCUCAAAAAGGUUGGCAAAGGGAACAGUCAGCCAAAAGUCUACUACAAUACCAAAGACAUCGCAUUUUUGGCUCAUGAACCGCUAAUGGAAAAGUUUCGACGACUGAGAGUUUAUCAGUUGAAGUUGAGGAAAGCUCGUGAAAAGAAAGAUAAAGACAAGGAAUUUCGAGUCAAGAUGAACAAACCACGCUAUACACUUCAUCAUAUUGUUCGAGAGAGAUACCCCACUCCUCAGGAUGCCCUCAGUGAUAUCAGUGACAGUCUCAAUCUCAUAUUUCUUUUUGCGAGAUUGCCACGCCUGACGCAAUUCAGUCCCACUCUGAUUGCACUCAGUCGUCGCCUUUGUGUGGAGUUCCUUAACUUCGUCGUGGCGAUUCAAGCCAUUCGAAAGGCAUUUAUAAGCAUCAAGGGGUUCUACAUACAAGCCGAAAUUCUCGGAAAAUCGGUCGUUUGGAUCAUUCCUCAUUCCUCCGCUACACAUACUCCGUCAGAUGUGGACUAUCGCAUUCUUGCCACAUGCUUAGAAUUCGACACAACACUUGUGGGUUCGCUGCUUUGCAAUUGUAGUCUAUAUCGCCAAUACGGUCUUAUGUAUCCUCCAAAACUAUCUGUUCAUGUUGACCCGGAUCCCACAUCAUAUUACUGUGGGCAAAAUGAAAACUACUUUGAAGUAAGUCGCCAUGGACAACAUUGUUAUUCUAGAUCCUAUCAUGUCUUUCUUAUCCAGUGA